AUGCGGGUGGCGCUGGAAAAGGCGCGACUCUGGCACUACGGUGUGAAGGAGCUGCACAAACAAGAGGUCUCCCCGCACUUGCUGCAGCAGUUCGUCAAUAUCGGCUCCUAUCAUCAGAAGCACGACCUUGGACAGAUGAAGCUUGCGGCGUGGGUGGAAAUAGUGGAGACACACGUGAUGGACAAGGCCCUCCGUCAGGGCAAGUCGCUAGAGCUCCGCGACAAAACCCUCCAUCGACUGCAGGAAGCCAUGGGCUUCGACUUGGCGAAGGCAUUCGUCGACGAGUAUGUGCGCUUUGAGGCCUACGGGAAGGCAGAGACCUUCGCAGCUUUGUCAUUGCAGGGAACGCCGUUCGGUUUCUCCGAGCGCAAGCUUGAUCGGCUCUCGCGACGCUCAGGCGAUCGCACGGCGAAGCACAGCGAGACAACGAAGUCGCAGACAGUGCGUGAGAAAAACGUCCUUUUCUUGGGCGAAGACAGUGGCCUGUCGCGGCACUCGCGCAAGCCGCGGAAGCACAAGACGUGGAACUGCAGCCUGCCAACGGAAGCCUCGACUCCUAGCCACAUCUCACAUGUAUCCCCAAAGUCUUCAGCACCGCCGUCACCGGAGACUUCUUGGGGCUUCGCCGAAGGCUUCGCCUGGGUGAAAGGAAGCACCAUCGGCACUGGCUCACACGGGUGCGUGUUUAAGGCUCUCGACAAGACGACUGGCAAGAUCUUUGCCGUCAAGCAAGGAAUUCUCGAUGAUGGGAAUGGCGCUGGCGAAGACCAGAAAUACCGCGAGCGCCUCGAAGCCGAGCUGACGAUCUGCAAGGAUCUCAGGCACGACAACAUUGUCGAAACUCUCGGCUUCGAGUAUGCCGACAACCACCUCUACAUCUACCUCGAGUAUGUGCCCGGCGGGUCGAUGGCGAAGGUGCUGCAUGAGUUUGGCGCGCUCAACAACAACUUGCUGACGAACUCAACAGCCGGAGUGCUACAGGGCCUCAACUAUCUGCACACCAGGGAUCCCCCGGUGGUGCAUCGGGACAUCAAGGGUGCGAACAUCCUGGUAUCGCUGAACUUCACCGUCAAGCUGAGCGACUUCGGAUGUUCGAAGCGCAGUAGUGUUACGACGUCAUUCACGACGAUCGGAUCUAUUCCGUGGAUGGCGCCGGAAGUUAUCCAGCAGGUCGACGGGUAUGGCCGAAAGGCUGACAUAUGGAGCCUGGGCUGCGUGGUCUUGGAAAUGGCCACGGCAGAGAAGCCCUGGGGCAAUGGCGCCUUUGAAAACGUGAUGGCCGCUCUCAGGCAUAUCUCCAUGUCUGAGGAGGUGCCGCCUAUCCCUGCCUCUAUGGACGACGCCGGUCGCAGCUUUGUUCGCUCCUGUUUAAAAAGAAACGCUGACGAGCGCCCCAUGUCAUGGGACCUUCUGAGCCACAGCUUUGUGAAAGACGCAAUCUCUGAGCUAGGCCGAACGUUCUGA